UGACAUCACCACUUCUUGUGUGCCACUGUGGAGCCUUGCAUCAUAAUGAUCGCGAAACCUCAAAGACUCUAAGCAUUUUGUGCUUUGCCUUUUCGCAGUUCGUCAUUUGGUGUAAUCUACGACAGUACUAGGUGGUUUUUUUGGUAACAGCGGUACAGCUUGAUUUUGACCGAGGAGAUCUAGGUGGAAAGCGAUUCUGCCAGGUUGGAGGCCCCCAAACGUCAUUGUUGAUAUUUGAUACAGUAUUUGAAAUGAGGCUGAUCGUUUUAUGUUUUUGUAUGAACUCCAAUAGGUCUUAGCUUUGACGAUUAAAGAAAUCCUCUUACCAUCGAACAAGACUACUAGAUUUGUUACUUGCACAUAUAGCAGACUUACUUGACAAGACUUGCCCCCUUCAAUCGCUUAGCGUCUAGCUUUUCAAUCGUCUAACAUGUCGAAAUCAACUCUCGACCUCAUCGACACGGCCGUCAUCACGGGCGGUGCCGGCGGCAUUGGUCGUGCCAUGGCAGAAUGCCUGAUCAAGCACGGCAAAAAGGUCAUCAUCGCGGGACGGACAGAAUCAAACUUGAAAAAGACGUCCGAAGAAAUCGGUGCGACAGCCUACUACGUUCUCGACACGGGAAAGACGGAUAUGGUUGCAGAAGUAUCGAAAAAGAUCAUAGCCGAGCACCCGGAAGUCAAUUGUCUGGUGAACAACGCCGGUGUACAGAGGCCGUUCCAAUUUCCUGGUGUUCAAGAGGAUCAGGACUACAGCUUUGACUUGAGCAAGGCAGAUCAGGAAAUUGACAUUAACAUUCGAGGACCGAUGCACUUGACGGUGCUGUUCUUGCCGCACUUGCUGGAAAAGAAGGGGGGCAUUGUCAUCAAUGUGUCGAGUGUGCUGGGGUUCUUGCCCAGUAGUGUGAUCAACCCGGUGUACAACGGGACGAAGGCGUGGGUGCAUUUCUUCACGUUGAACUUGAGGACGCAGUAUGCGGGGAAAGUGAAGGUGGUGGAGAUUGCGCCGCCGACGGUGUCAACGGCAUUGCAUCGCGAACGGACGGAUCCGAAUGAUAAUUCCAAGGAGAAGAACCAGAGUGCGUUGACUUUGGAGGAGUUUAUCACCGAGGUUGAGGCUGGGUGGAAGGAGGGCAAGGACUUGAUUGCGCCGGGACCGGCGGGGGCUGUUGUAUCGACGUGGCAGGAGGUUUUGGGGCAGAAGUAUGAGAAUGCGACGGCGAGUUGAGGUGUUUGAUAGAUGGGAACGGGAAAAGGAUAAGAAUGAGAUGAUAAAUGAUAUGAAAAGCCGCUUAGAGUUUGUACAGUAAAGACUGAAGAGAUAUCCAUCGAUGACG